AUGACCACGUGGCAUAUUCCCGACGAAUGGAUUGAAGAUUCGACUUCUCGCCCCAAGACGAUUAUCGACGCAGCAAAGUUAGCCAUACAAAGAGCAGCGUUGUCAUCCCAGAGGAAGAUACCACACUCGGAGAUCCCACUCAUCGUACACCAAACCUGGAAGAAUACCCACGUUGAGGCAUGGUCGCCUUUGAUGCGCCAAAGCGCGACACGAUGGCUCCAGGCCGUCGAGGAAAGUGAAAUGGCCUACUUUCUGUGGGAUGAUGAGGGCGUCGCACAAUUCGUCAAAUCUUUCGAGCCUGAGCUGGAGGUCCAGUUUUACUCCCUCCCCAGCAACGUGGAAAGAUCGGAUGUGUUUCGCAUCAUAGUGGCGAAAUGGAUCGGUGGCAUUUACGGCGAUAUGGACACCGAACCACUUCGAAACCCCUCAUCUUGGAUUACGACAGGUGAUCUCCGAAACUGGGAAGACUCAGAGACAAAUCAAACAUACAAGGCAGCUGAUCCGAUACGGGUAAUCGUGGGUCUAGAAGCAGACUGUCCACCAGAGAGCGAUGCAUACUGGCGCAUGGGCUACGCCGAGCCUGUUCAGUUGACGCAGUGGUCACUUGCGGCGGCACCAGGACAUCCCAUCUUCCAGACGUUUCUCGAUCGUCUCUCGGCAAAUCUUAGGAACACAACAUUUAGAAGGAGCAGCCGGAUACAUGGUACAGAGGAUCAGGCAGCGUUGAACAGGAUAGAUCCCCUCCUCCUGACGGGACCCGCUGCCUUUACAGAAGCCGUAAAAGGAUGGCUGGAAACAACUACCGGAUUGCGAUGGAAUGCCCUAUCCGGAUUGACGGAUGGAGGGCAAAGUAAGGUUGUCGGAGAUGUCUUGGUGCUCCCAAUUACUGGGUUUAGUCCGGGAAGAGGCAUGUAUGGAAAUAUGGGAUCGAAAUCCGUCGACGAUCCUUCCGCACGACUGUUCCAUCAUGCGCAGGGAUCGUGGAGAAAAACUGACUUUGUGGUCGAAGUCGGGAAAUUUUGUCGCACGGUGUUUGGCCUAUGCAGGGACUGGUCAAAAUUUGUAUCCCACCAGUAUGUUUCAAUCAACCGUUCAAGUGCAUUUGAACUGGAGUCAUGUACGCACCUUGGUCGCGCUAUAUGUUGGCGAGCGUUUUGA